CUCACUUGUAUUGCUCAUAGCCUUAUAAGACAUACUCCAGUAUUUGGUAUCAAUAUCGCGCAAAUAGCUGCCUAAAACCUUAAUCGAAAUCGUUAGGACUUAGGAGAAUACUGAAGAAGGAUCAAAGCUAUGGUUUGGGGUCUGUUUCCUGCCGACCCACUUUCAGGUGAAGAAAAGUACUAUUUUUUAAGUAAAGGGACCUACGGAGUGGGACGAAAAGGUUGUGAUGUAAUUAUAAAUCGAGAUAAAGGAGUUUCAAGGAUUCAUGCAGAGAUCGUGAUUGAUGCAAUGAUCUCUGUUGAUCAUUCAAAGAAGAAUUCUUCAAGAAUAUCCUCCAAAGUUCGGUUAAGAGACUGCUCAAAGUAUGGAACUUUUGUUGAUAGAGAUGCAGGAUCAAAGGAAAAAGUUCAUGAGUUUCCAAAUAAGGAAAUAACUUUAAUAGAUGGAGACGUAGUUUCAUUUGGAACAGGCAAUGCUACCUACAGGUUUUGUUUUGUUCCUCUUAUAUUUUUCGUUUGCUCUUGGGAGCCUUUGCAAGCAAAUAAACUUCUUCAAGACGAGAUAUCAUCAAUAGGUGCUUGUACUUCUCGCAACUGGAGUCUUGAGUGCACGCAUGUGCUUGUUGAUGACUCCAUGCCCCUGAAAGAAGAUUUAUUUGACGCUAUUAUGUGUAAAAAACCCUUUGCCCGUUACUCUUGGGUUGAGUUCAUUGCAGAAACAAGAAUUUGUACUGAAAUUCCAAGCUGCAGCGCGUAUGCUCCAACGAUGAUGUUGGAAGGAGUAUCAAUCAAAGUUGCAGACCCUAAAUCACGAGAAAACUGUUUGAGAGGGUACACUUUUCUGCUGGAACCAACACACAAGUACAAAUAUAGGGGCAACUUGCAGUUGUUGUUGGAAGUGUGCGGCGCAAAGGUUGUUUCAAUGGAAGAAUUCUGCACAAGUAGCCAAGGCUUGGAGGGUGAAGGAAAAAACCAUGUGGUUGUAAUCCCUGCAGGAAUGGCAAAUAGUUCUGAGUGUUUCUGUAACCUUAGUUCCCUGGCUAGAGUGAAGGAGAUAGAUCUGGUCUCUGCUGCUGUAUCUGGAAAUUUGGUUCCUUCUGUCAUGAUAUUAUCACCUGUGAUUGUCACGUCUUCAUGCUCCACAGAUGAGACAGUGGUAGCAGAUUCUGAUGCAGAAAUGGAAACGGCCACUUCAAUUCAUACAUCUACUGCAAUCCACAUAAUAGAAUCUGCUGAACAAAAUAACGAAGGGAAGAUGGCUGUCCACACAGAGCAUGAUAGCAAAGGAGGAACAGUAGUCCACUCAUUAGAAUCAACCAAACAUGAUAUCAAAGAGAAUAUAGCUGUCCACACUAUAGAAUCUGGUGAAAUUGAGACCAAAGGGGAGAUACCAACCAAUUAUGCCGCUGAAAACAGAUUAGAAAGUGGCAAGGACAGGAGUGAUGAGGUAAUGGUAAGAAGAGAUAAGGUUGAUGAGUUUGACAGUGGGAAUUUGGAUAUAAUAUACAGCCAAGACUUAAUUGUGAGAGAUACUAAUGCUCCGGCUUCAGUCCAUUCUCCAACAAACAAUGCGGUUUUAAACUUUAAAUGCUUCAGAAAGACAAGGACUGAAUCGGGAAAUAGCUUUGACAAUCUUAUUCCAUUUUCGAAGUAUCCCUACAAAGAUUCUGACUAUGGGAGUGAAGAAGUACUUGAGUCUGUAAAAGAAGAGAAAAAGCGGAAACAAAUGGAGGCUGUUGCGGAGGACUUAUUCAACAGUGAGAAGGGCAGACGACGUGGUGUAGCUGGUUCUCUCCGUGGACUUUUUGCGCAUGGUUGA